AUGAGAAAACGGUCUCUUUCGGUCGCUUACGACCGUGGUUUACAGUUUGAGCAGAUGGCGAACAAGUUCGAAGGAGUACCUUCCGAGCACGAGCAAGAAAGUGAAUCGGAAGAAGAAAACGAUGAGGUACUAAACGAAUCCGAUUGGACGGGUGCCGAAUACCAAGCGCUGAUGGAUGGACUGCGUAAGCUUCUGCCGCGAAAGGACAACAAAUCAUACAAGGUCGGACUGAGCAAAAUAGAUUGGGAAAGCGUGGUGAUUGAUGGCCGAACCGCAGACGAUGUAAAAGCGACCACAGAAGGGUUAAUCAGAAAAAUUCGAAAAUAUCGCACCCUUAGCGAGAUGAUCAACGAUAUACCAUCGAUCACAAAGAAAGACAAACUUAAAAAACCUUUGACAGCAUAUAAUUUCUACAUGAGGGAUAGAUAUCCUCAACUCAAAGAGAAGCACCCUGAAAUGCAAAGCAAAGCAAUUUUUGUACUGGUUCAAAAAGAGUACCGCAUUUUGUCGGAGAAAAAGAAGAAAAAGUACGAAGCAAUGGCCACAGAUGCAAAGGAGCUGUUCAAGCAGCAGAAGGAGAAAUACUACCGAGAUCAUCCGGAAGAGUCGAAGAAAGCUAAAAGCAAAAUAUCAGCAAAGUUACCAAAGAAAAACAUGUUCACACCGUUCGAUCUGUUCCGAAAAGAUAAGCAAACUGAAUGUUUAAGUUUAGCAGAAUUGCGCGCUCAGUGGAACCAGCUGGAAAUCAAGAAGAAAUUGAACUACAUCCAGCAAGCCUUUAAGUCCCAAACGGAAAACCCGGCCAUAUCGCUAAAGCUAACCAAGGAGGAACAGUUCAUGAUUGCGCAUGCAAAGGGCAAGCCUGUAUCGAUAGCAGGCUCAACUAGCGAGUAUUAUUUGAAAAAUUAUGCCGAAAGUUUGGAUUCGGUUUCGUUGGCCGAAUGGCGGAAGCUAAAAUUAUUAGAAUUCAAAAAACUGCCAAAGGUGCGAAAAUUGGAGUUGGAAAUAGAGUACCGCCAAGCGAAACAAGAUUACGUUACAAAAUAUGAGAACUACAUAACGAGCAUAACUGACAAAAAAACUCAACAAGCUGAAAUCGAUCAGUUAAAAUCGUUCAUCGACAAGAAAAUGGAUAAAGACGAUAGACAGCAAUUGCCAGAUGAAAAUCGUACAUUCUGCUCAAUGGUUCAAACAUCACAGCUGGAGAAUGAAAUGCUGGAACUACCAAUAGCCGAAUCGACGCUUGUAACGACUAAAACAAAAAAGGCCAAUAAUUCUGCCCAACAAAAAAAUUUCCCCAUUACUGGUAGCCCGAAACCAUUAAAAUCCAUCUUAAAAAGUCCUGUGAAAAAGGAUGCGCAACCAGCGGCGCAGACAUUUACCAAACCAGCGGUGCCUAAAAGUAAAAGGAAGCAUUCGUUGAGCGAAAAUGACUCUGACAGCAACUCCGAAAAAAAGAGCAAACGUUCAACAACCUACGCAUCGAUCGUUGAGCCCGGUAUGGGAUCUAUGGAAAAUGGCAAUACUUCUGCUGUAGGGAAUGCAGUUCAAGAACCUGUGCGACCACCGUCCGACGUAAUUAAAUAUUACAUGUUAAACCACUACCUUGGGAAGAAAAAAAAUUGCGCUGAGUCGUUUAAAAAACUGUCAGUUAACCAGCAAGAAGCAAUGAAAGAGGAAAUGCGUUUGGCACAGAGAAAAUAUUUUAAACAAUUACAGAAAUUUCUUAAAACCGUACCGCCGAAGGAUAUUAAAAAAUAUAUCAAAAAGCUGAAACAAGCCCAGGUUGAUUUCGACAUCGGAAACAGUGUGCUGGAUGAUUCUGGGGUGCUUUCGGAGAGCGUGGCUAAGAAAACUCCCAAACAGGAACCUCAAACGAGCACCAGUAGCAGCAGUAGCGGCAGCGAAGACGACAGUGCAGACGAAAAAUCCAAAAACGAUCAAGGCAGUGGUACAGAAGAUGAGGAAAGCAGCGAAGAAGAAUAG